AUGGAGACUCUAGAAAACAUCAAUAUGUUUGAUACGUUAGAUGUCACUCCAGAUCGCUAUUUGGACAUAGCUCUACGUACCAAAAUAGAAUUGUCAGACUUAUGUAGCAUGAUAGUACAAGGAUGGCCAGACAUCAAAUCCGAAACACUCCUUAGUGUCAGAGAGUAUUGGGACUCUAGAGAUCUGUUAUCAGUCACAGAUGGCAUAGUCUACAGGGGAUUGAGGAUCGUUAUACCACCAAGUCUACAAACCCACAUUCUGAAACUGAUUCAUGAGUCACAUUUAGGAAUUGUUAAGUGCAAACAGAGGGCAAGAGAGGUCAUGUAUUGGCCCGCCAUGAAUACAGCCAUUGAAGAGGAAGUCAGAAACUGUUCAAAAUGUGCCACGUACCAAAACAAACAGAGUCGUGAACCACUUCACCCAACAAAUACGCCUAAGAUUCCUUAUGGGGAAGUUGGAUGUGAUUUGUUUGACUUUGAACAGAAGAAGUACCUUGUGAUAGUGGACUAUCAUUCUAGAUACUUUGACGCGAUUGAUUUGAAAUCCACAACAACAUCAGCAGUCGUCAAUGCUAUGAAAGCCACAUUUAGUUGUUAUGGGAUUCCAAUGAAAUUGCGAUCAGACAAAGGGCCUCCAUUUAAUUCACGAGAAUUCCAUUUGUUUUGCAACCAAUAUGGAAUACAACACACCACAUCAAGUCCGCAUUUCCAAAGUUCUACUGGAGAAGCAGAUAAAUAUCUCAGCUUGUUGAACUAUGACACAACACAGCUGGAGUCAGUCAACCUAUCACCAGCACAACUCUUAAUGGGCCGUAGACCACGGAACAACUUACCAACCCGCACAGAGCUGCUUAAGUCCAGAAACGCAGGACCAAAUCUAAGUCAACAAAUGAAAGAUAUCAAGGAGAAGCAGAAGUUCUAUUAUGAUAGGAGACAUGUAAAAGAGUUACCGUGCUUAGAUAUUGGUGAUCCAGUAAGAGUUGCACCCCCUGAAAACUCAAACACCAAGGAGUGGAAACCAGCAACAGUUGUUGAGCAACACAAACAGCCGAGAUCCUACGUCGUUGAGUUUAACAACAAUCAAAGGCUCCGACGCAACAGAAAACAUCUUAGACGAACAAAUCCGGAUGCAAACCGUGUGCCAGAAAUGGAACCAGAACCGGAUACAGAAAGUGAUUCCGAGAUCGAUACGCACGAAGCACCAAACACAAUGAACAUUCUUCGAAAGGUGUCAUACUCGCGAACUCACCUAAACCCGUUGUUACUUCAUCUGGUCGUGUUGUGA